UAGCUCUAAGUAGUCACUCUUUUGAAUAUGCGGAACAGAACGUAUUUUCUACAGCUGCUUGUGCGAUGCAGUGGUGCUCCGACUCGCAUCCAGUUUGGUGCCGCGAUUCUUGCAUUUAUUGUGAUCUUUUUAUACGUGUAUUACUUCGAAUAUGUCCUUUAUAAUGUGUACUCGUCAACUUCAAUCUGAAAAUCUGUAAGCGAAUCUAAUGGACACAGGUUGAUAACAAUAUAAUAGGCAUGACUUACACCAAUGUUACGUCGCUAACAGCGCUUCUACUUUUGUGUUCAAGUGUUCGAUCCCAUAGUUUUAAUACAAAUAUCACAUUUGCGAUGCCCAAAUAUACAUCACCGACGGCAUUUGCUCCGAACACACCAAUAAUGUGUUAUACUGAACUUCAUUGUUUUUACACUUAUUUUUCACAUCCUGUAUAUCCAAGUACUUAUCCAUAUUUAGAUGCAAUUAAUAAACGACAAAUUGGUCUCAUAAGACACAACCACGUCACACCUGUUCCUUCAGGAACACGUCAAACCGGGAUACAAGCACCGUUUAAUUUGUAUGGAAAAUUAAAUAAAAAUCCAAUCCCAAAGCCGAAUAUUCAAACCGAUAUUACAUCGAAUAAUGUCACUAAAGCGAAUCAACCAGUGUUUUAUGGUGCACUAGGAAAUAAACCUUCAAAUGCAGCUGCGAAUGUCAAUAAUCAUCUCCUGCAAUCGCUUCACAAUCCUGUUUACAAGCCUAAUGCAAAUUUUGUAGAACCAAUAAGCAAUAGCAGUGUAUCUGCAACAACCACAAACUCACCGACAACAGAUACUUUAUCUUAUAUCAGUAAUAGCAGGAUUACGACUGUAACAACCAGGAAACCACUAAAUUUUAGACCUAACACCAGUUACGAACACUGGAAUUCAAAUAUGUAUAGUAAUUUUGAAAUAAUGGCUAAAUUUAUUCGAUCACUUGAUUCGCUAGAAAGGAAGUUUUAUAAGGCCACUUUCGAGAAAUUAACAUUGUCAAGUCCCGUUGAAAGAAAGGAAAACGGAAUAAGUUUUGUUCAAACAGGAAUAUUUUUACAUUUGGCAUUGAUGGCACUCUCCUCGGAGGUCGAUGUUGAAACGCGACGUGAGAUCGAGCAGUGCAUAGAUCUGGAGCUCACCGACAGGGAAAAAAUAUACAUACUAAGAGAAAUAGUAUCGUCUCUCCCAAAGACCAGUGAUGCUCUAAAAUUCCGAUUAUCAUCAAGGUUCGUAAUGGGUCGUCGCCGGCCGCUCAAACCGCAGUUCCAGCACGGCCUGGCGCCCGCCAUGCGCCUACGCAUCGACCGACUCAACACCACUGACACCGCACAAGCAUUGACAGAUUCGCUUAAUAAAAUGGUUGAAAAAGAUUCAAAAGGAGCGAUGCGUGAUACAUUCGAAGAGGAGGAACUUUCGGAGGGCAUGUGUGCGGUGCUGCUGUCAACAAUGUACCUGCGUGCGCGCUGGCGCUCCGCCCCCACCGUGCUCAACGGGACGCACUCCUUUCUCGACAGCGACUCCGCCCCCCAGCGCACCAUGCGAAUGAUACGAAUCAACGACAUCAUGAGAUAUACAGAACUACAUGAAUGGGACGCAGAAGCUAUAGAAAUAUUUUAUGCGACUCCUGGUCUCUCUCUAUUGUUGCUGGUUCCACGAGGACGUUCGCUACGGCAGCUGGCGGGCCACGUGGCGGAUACCAGCAUCUACCACGUGUUGGACCGCAUGUAUACGCUUCGUGUGGCCGUCACUUUACCAUUGUAUACGCUUCGCAUGACUCUCUUGCUACCUAACAAAUUACAAUCUAUGGGCAUAUCUCGGUUAAUGGACGACAGCGACGCGGAGUGUAACGAGUUGCGGCUGUCCCAUGCGGUACAACGUCUCAUGUUCUGGCAAGAGGCCGGGAGAAAUGCGUUCAAAGACGAUGGUAUUGAAUGGGACGAAGCGCCGGAACUCGAGCUGGUUGUCAAUCGCCCUUACGUCUUCUUUGUACGUUGGAGAAACGUCACUAUUAUGAACGGCCAUUUUGUUUUAUAG